GUCGUCAUCAGCCAUGCCGGGAGGAAAGCAGUCGACGAGCCCGUCUCGCAGCCAGCAGGGAUUCGCGCUUUGCGCCUACGGCACGUCCGUGGUGCUGGGCACGGCGUUGCUGCUGCGAUUUCUGGCGCCCAAUUUCCCGUUGCUGGUCCAGCGAGCACCCGCGGACGCCUCCGCCGUCGUGGGGGGCCCCGACUACUGCUGCCCCGAGCUACAGCGGGAGCUGGCAGCCACGGUCAACGAAAGCGUCGAUCCCUGCGACGACUUCGUUCGGUAUGCCUGCGGGGACAUACGGCAGAGAAUACGGCGACGAGAUUACGAGAAAAGCUGGUUUCACGGCAAGCUCUGGCUUCCCGCGCUCACGGGUGCGGCCCAGGACGACGCCAGUGUCCUACUGCGGCAGCUGUACCUUAGCUGCGCACGCAACGACUUCGGCUCUAAGCACGCGUUCGCUGAUGCCGGCGCGGCUCUCCUCGAAGCCCUGAAUUUGAGGAGCACCGACGCUCUGAGCAUACCGGCGCUCAUCGUCAAGAUCACCGCCUCGUUUCGCAUCGAUUUUUUCGUCCGCGUGCGCAUCGUGCAAGCGCGCAGUGCUUCCAGCUGCAACAUCCACGUGUUCAAGAAGGCCGCUCGCGGCAUCGACAGGCAGGCCUUCGAGUACCAAGGAGACACUGCUAGGGUCUUCGAGCUGAGGGACAGUCCCUUGAACUUGACGUCGAUACACCUGGACGUCUUGGACGUGAUGCGAGACGCACCGAACGACUGGAACCAACUCGUGACAGCCCUCAAAGCGGACGACGGCACAGACGAGCCGGUCAAUGCGAGCUCACAAGUCGGUGGCCAGAUACUGUGGCGGGCGGCUCUGGCACUGUAUGGCCUGUGGCAGCCGCGCAUGCAGAUCUCGAUCGAGGAGGCUCUGCUCCUGCAGCAGCUCAUGCAGCUGUUCAUGGUCCGGUGGAAGGACGUGUCGGUCAUUUACAUAUUCCACCUGAGCACCUGGAGCCUGGUGUCGUACGCGAUGGGCGACCGCUACACCCUAGCGUUCCCAGGACAGUGGCAGGACUCGUGCAGCCGCGAGCUGCGGCAGUACCACUACCUGUGGGCGGCGGCCGCGGCCUACCAGAAGACGUCCGGCACCUCGGACCUCGUCGUAGCUUCGUUUGUCAACGCGAUUCUCGGCGAGGUACAGACGGAAAGCGCACAGCUCUUCCCGGACGUCUCCCUCUCCGUCGAGCGGGCGCUCAACUUCGUCAUCCCUGCCGAACUUUUCCCAGCGGACUGGAGCGUCCCGAACGCCACUGACUCUUACUGGGCGAACAGGCUCAUGAUACGCGAAUGGUUGACAGGAGUAAUUCUUACCUCGGAGAGCGCGGACCCGCGUUUGCUUGAGAAGAUCUCCGCUGGGAAGCCAGCUUCAACAACUUUCUUUGUGGAUCCCACGAUGUACGCGAGCAUUCGAGACGACGUCGGAGACAAAUUUAUCGUGAACGACGCACUAUUCGGAGUCGACCUGGCCACAUGGGUGUGGGAGUUUGUGCUCAACAACAUAACAAGCCGAAGGAGCGCGAAGGCCGCGGAGUUCCUCAGGUGCCUCGAUAACACAAUUAAGCCUCGGCGCCUGCGUGAAGUAGCCCUCUUUCUGGCUGUCCGGUCGAUACGGAAGAUCCGCAGCGCAGUCAAUUGGGACGAGCUAUCUUUAAGUAUCGGCAGCUUGAAGCCUUUCUCGAACAGCAAGCUUUUCUACGUUGCGUUCUUCAACCAGGGGUUGUGCAAGAAAGCACUCCGCGGCCUCGAAAUAGAGACGAACGUACGCGGCUAUGCGGACGUACUGAGGUAUGCAGCAUAUUUUCAAGAUACCUUCAAGUGUCUGCCCACCGGCGUUAAUUCGAAAUACUGCUUCGCUGGCGAACAUUCAUAGCCCAGCCUGAGGCCCCUUUUCUGUGUCCACCGCUUUAAUUUGGUGGUUAGGGUUGGACAUUAAUUCUCUCAAACUUUAUGGCGCGUCUUCUUUCUGCUUUGAUUAUAAUGACUUAUUCCUGCUUUUCAAACUCGAAGUGCGAUACCGGACCAGCCGGUGAGCUGUAGGGGCAGUGCAGCAAUAUCUUAUCGCCAUGGAGAAGAGUGCACCAUGCUGUUGAGGAGUCUUGUACGAUGCAUUUGUGAUCGCAGUCAUGCCAACCCAGUGAACACAAUGUUGAGUUCCCACGUUACACAAUUACUGUACUAUAAAAUUAUAGCAUAGCAUCUGCAUUAAUAUUCCGGGUCCUUGUUGGGUUGAGUAAAUUGUAAAUCUACAUUAUUAACGAACAAUCGCUGUAUGAUGAAUUGAUGAGUUGUGGGCGAUGCGGUAAGCUGCGCGUGCAGAGAGCUUGA